AUGACCUCAUCUGUCUUUUACUGUCUUUUAGGCAUUUUACUGCUUCAGCCAAUUGAGAAAGCAUCGCAAAAGAGAGCUGCACGGACAGUGCACGGAAUUUUGCAAAUUUUGGCUUUGAUAUUCUCUUUAAUAGGAUUCGUGGCAAUUUAUAGGAACAAGGAUCUAAAAAAGAAAGUCCAUUUUCACACAAACCAUGCUCUUCUCGGGUGUGCCGCCGUUGCUGUUUUCUUUCUACAAGUCUUAUUCGGCGUUCUGGUCGCUUAUGCACCUCGGCGGAUGUUUUCAUGUAUUGGCUAUGCACGGGUUUUGAGAAUUCAUCGUGUGGCAGGCUAUGUGUCGAUUGUAUUGAUGUGGGGGACAUUUUGGUUGAGCGUAUUGACCAAUUGGAUGAAGACCAAUUUUGCCAACCAUGAAUGGGUCUUUGCGCUGGGAAUGGGUAUGAUUGCGGUGGGAAUCGUUGGGCAAGUCACUCCUUCCAGACUCUGGUUGUCCCGCAGCAGCAAUAACAGCAGCAAUAACAACAGCAACAACAAACGUUCUCUGGUUCAGAGUAAUGCUGACAACAGCUUUUCACCGUAA